UCAGAGUGGGGAAAUAACACCUUUUUUCCUUCUCCCCCAAUAGGCAUCAUCUCAGGUGCCAGACGUCCCAAGGAUGGUUCUUCUCACCAAAACAUAUUCAUUGGAGACAGAAAUGGAGAAUGUAGGAGCAACCUCCAUCCUUGCCCAAGCAGAGCCUGGGAAAGAGCCAGAGGAUCGGACCAUCUUUGAGAAGUAUGCCCAGCCCUGCCUGGCUGAGCUGAUGGGCAGCACCUUGUUUGUGGCAGCCGCGUGUCUUUCUGUGAUCACCAACCCUGAGGGGGCAGGGCCCAUGGGGCCAGCUCUUGCUCAUGGAUUUUCGCUGGGGAUCAUGGUAGCAGUUUUGGGGAAAAUAAGUGGUGGCCAUUUCAACCCAGCUGUUACCCUGGCCGCUCUGGCUGCAGGAGGCCUUUCCCCACUUCUCCUUCUCCCAUAUUGGCUGUGUCAGCUAUCAGGAGGAAUGCUAGGAGCUCUUUUGGCCAAGUGUGGAGAACAGAGCAUGGUGCCAGAAGCAAUUUUCUUCAACCGGACUGGAGGGGGCUGCAUGGUGCAAGACGGCAGCACAGUGGGGAUGGCUGUCUGUGCAGAGCUGACGCUCUCGUUUCUCCUCCUCCUCGCUGUCCUGAUGGGAAGCCUGGCUGAGCACAGCAAGACUCCACUGGCUCCAUUCUGCAUUGGCUUUGCCCUUGCCACAGGUAUCCUAGUCAGUGGCUCCAUCUCUGGAUCUUGCCUUAAUCCAGCUCGGGCCUUUGGUCCUGCUUUAAUAUCCACUCACUGGGACAACCACUGGGUAUACUGGAUUGGACCACUCACAAGUGCUGUCCUGGCCUCUGUGCUGUACAGGAUUGUAUUGGCAGGAAGAUCUCACAGGCUGUUCCUGAAAUGAAAUAAGAGAUUACCUGGGUAUAUGCUCCAGGUUCUCUGUGAAGCUGUGGGGAAAAAACAACCCUCUCCAAUAGCCAUCACAGGAAAAUCUGCACUAAGAAGACCAUUACCAGAUCACUUCACAAAGUUUCAGUGGUACAAUAUAUACAGAGUAUUCAGCAUUUCUGAUAUAAUUUGGGCCACAUACUAUACCUUGUGAUUUCUAAAUUGAAUCCAUAAACAACAGUUUGGACUAUUCAUUAGUCAGAUAUUCCAAGGCACAAAUGGCAUAGAGGCGCCUAACUCCCAGUGAAAAUCAAUGGGAAUUGAGAUGCCUAACAGUCAUUUCUGCUUUUGAAAAUCUUCUUUUGAGUGCCUGAAAUGAGGUAUUCAUUUAAUUUCUUUUCUGGAUGCCCUAAUAGAAUGAAUUAUCUUUUUCCUAAAAGCAAAUUGGGUUUUGUUCUGACCUCUUAGACUGGCAUAACUCUAACGAUACUAAUAGAGCUGCUCUUCAUCUGUUUAUACCCGAGUAUAAAGGCAGAUUUCUGGCCCCAAGUUUUCUGAUGAAAUUAAAAAAAAAAAAAUGUUCUCCUUUGCAUACUGGACAAUUCCUUUAACUAAGUCUAUUUUACAGAUUAAAGAUGAAGGGGAGUUACUUAUAGCAAACUGUAAUUUCAGAGGUCAAAUCCAAAACUUUACAAUCAUUGUAAGUGUAAAGAUUUUUUUGCUCCAUUUGCUAUUUUUUUGAGCUCUUAAAAUUCAAAAUACUUUUUGUUUAUCCUAGUAUGUUAAUUAUAACCCUUGAUAAUAUUUUAAAAAGCAUUGUGUUUAAUUUUGACAUUCAGACUAUCUAUCAUUCAAAACUGUUAUAAUAAUGAAAAAGCAUGAUCCUGACAUGUUAGCGGAGUCAAGUGUAUGUGCCAAUAAAAGUGGGAUCUGAUGAAUUUUGGGUUUGUGAGUUAGUUCUGGAUCUAUCUGAACUCUGCCUAUCAAAGAAGCAGUUUCACAAUGGAGUUAAUGUUUUACUAAAAGCAGUUUACUAAGCAAUCACUUUAUGAUUGGUAUUGCAAGCUUUCUUCAAAAUGCAGUUAUCACCAAAAUGGCAGUAAAUCAUACCAGCUAGUGCCCUCACCAGAAAAUGGGAAACUGCAUUACUUCAGCUUGGUUCCUUUGAUGGAUAACACUUCCCACUUGAAAGCACUGAGUCACAGGGUUUAAAAAAAACAAAUGCAUCUUGGGAGGGACAUUUGUACAUUUGAGAAAGCCAGCAACUAAUACCAGCAAAUCAAAGAGAAUCACUAGGUAGAAUCAUAUCCCCACUGGGUCUUGUCAUUAUCUCUGUCCCCCUCUCACAGAUGUGUGAAACUUGUGGGGCAAUGCAUUCUAGCACUGGCCCCUUCCCUCCUCCACUGCAGCUCAUGCAGCAUCUUGACCUGGGUAGGUAGAGUCCAAAGGUCAGACAGAUCCAUCUCCCACCCUUGUUGAGCCCCAGCUCAAGUCUGGGAUCGU